CACCCCCGCACGGUUCAAAAAAACCAGCGAGUGUCGUGAGGUUGCGGGGAGUGCCUUCACCGCGAAGAGAAGAGACCUCUCCGGCUUUCCCUUUUGUUUCGACCUCCACCGCGAAGAAACCUCUCCCGCUUUCCCUUUUGUUUGGACCCCUCCACCACAGCCACCUCCCUCCCACAUUCAUUCUCUUUUCCUUUCGAUAACAACGGAUCAAAAAAGAGAGAGCACUAAUAAUGUCUAAUAAUAAUAAGAGUAAUGAUACUCAUAUAUACUCAUAAAUAAAGCUUGAAAAAAGAAAGAGAAGAAGAAGAUUCGUCGAUGAUGGGGGAGGAGGACGACGACUGGGGCUUGAGCGCGGAGCAACUGGACUUCUUGGAGGAGGACGCCAUCCGGAAGAUCUCCCAGCGCAAGUCCGCCUCCGCCUCCGCCUCCGCCUCCGUUCCCGACAACUCCGACCGCUAUCGCAAUGCUGAAGCUUUUUCUCCUACGCAAUUGAGUCAACCGAACGUACUAAGAGAAACUGAGAAGAAUUGGACAAACGACUUGCCAAAGCUUUCCGUGAGUCUUUUUCUUCAUCACAGCGGCAUGGUCGCUGCGAAGUUUCCUUACAGCCCGAUGCUUGUGGAUGCUUUUCAUAAGAUUCCAAAAGCAACCUGGAAUGGAAGAGAAAGGGUGUGGAUAUUUCCUCCGUCAUCCUUGGAAAAAGCCGAAGAAGUUCUUAGUGCAGUGCCUGGUGCAGCUGUUGAGGUGCACAAGUUAGACCCUCUCGUCCGGCGUGCUCUUGUUGCAGCGUCUGCUGUUCCGGAUCUUCAAGAUUUAUAUGAUAGGAUGCCGAGCUACAUUGAGUCAAGACUUCUGCCAUUUCAGCGAGAAGGAGUUAGGUUUGUAUUGCAGCAUGGUGGACGGGUCCUCGUAGCAGAUGAAAUGGGUCUUGGAAAGACAUUGCAGGCAAUUGCUGUUGCUGCCUGCUUUCCUGACGCUUGGCCUGUUCUUGUUAUAACCCCAUCUUCCUUGCGCUUGCAUUGGGCUUCUAUGGUUCAAGAGUGGCUUAAUCUCCCUUCAACGGAUAUUCUGGUAGUAUUAUCUCAAUCUGGAGGAUCAAACAAGGCAGGUUUCAAGGUUGUCUACUCGAAUUCCAAGCCAAAAAUUCAUCUAGAUGGUGUAUUCAAUAUAAUUUCUUAUGAUGUGAUUCCUAAGAUACAAGAUAUACUUUUGAACUCAGAGUUCAAGAUUGUAGUUGCAGAUGAGUCACACUUUCUGAAGAACCCUCAAGCAAAGAGAACAAAUGCUUCACUUCCAGUUCUGCAGAAAGCCCGUUAUGUAAUUUUGCUGAGUGGAACUCCUGCUUUGUCCCGGCCUAUUGAGUUGUUCAAGCAGCUUGAGGCAUUGUAUCCUGAUGUAUACAAGAACGUUCAUGAAUACGGGAACCGAUAUUGCAGGGGUGGCGUUUUUGGAUGUUAUCAAGGUGCAAGCAAUCAUGAAGAGCUACAUAAUUUGAUGAGAGCUACUGUCAUGAUUCGGAGGUUAAAGAAAGAUGUUAUUUCGCAGUUGCCAGUAAAGCGUCGGCAGCAGGUGUUUUUGGAUUUGAAUGAGAAAGAUAUGAAACAAAUAAGGGCUCUAUUUCGUGAGUUGGAGGCUGUAAAAAGCAGCAUACAGUCUUGUGAUUCAAAAGAAAAGAUCAGUUCACUGAAAAUUGUUGAAAAGAAUCUUAUCAAUAAGAUCUAUACUGAUUCUGCUGAAGCCAAAAUUCCAGCAGUUCUUGACUACCUAGCUACUGUUAUAGAGGCAGGUUGCAAGUUUUUGAUAUUUGCACAUCAUCAACCAAUGAUCGACGCAAUCCAUCAGUUUCUUUUGAAAAAGAAAGUCGACUGCAUUAGAAUAGAUGGUAGUACACCAACUACAUCAAGGCAAACUUUAGUCACGGAUUUUCAGGAAAAGGAUGCCAUAAAGGCAGCAGUUCUUUCCAUUAAAGCUGGAGGUGUUGGGUUGACUUUAACAGCAGCGAGUACUGUUAUAUUUGCCGAGUUGUCCUGGACGCCAGGUGAUAUAAUUCAAGCAGAAGAUCGUGUUCAUCGAAUUGGUCAGGAGUCCGCUGUUAAUAUAUACUAUCUUCUAGCAAAUGACACAAUUGAUGACAUUAUCUGGGAUGCUGUGCUAAGCAAACUCGAAAAUUUAGGACAGGUGCUUGACGGACAAGAGAAGACGCUAGAAGUUGAUGUGAGCGGAGCAGGCAAGAGUCCUAUUGCGAAGAAAGGAAUGGUUGAAACAAGCAGAAGUCCUGUUGGGAAGAAAGGAAUGGCUGGAACAAGCACGAGUCCUGGAAAGCAAACAACACUUGACUCCUUCCUGAAACGGUGUCAUAGUCCCACCGAUUCUCAACUGAGGGCUAAAACCCCUAGAUUUUGAUGCAUGCCUGGACCCAUUUUGAUAUGAUGCUUGUAUUAGUAUUCCUUUUUGUUGUUUGGAAAGUCCAAGUUAUAGAAAGCUUGUAAUAUAUUUUGUACAACAACUGUCUCUGUAUGUUUAUGUAUAUCAUUGAUAGAAUGAAAGAAUGUAUGUAGUCUCUUUUUUUUUUUGUUUUUUUAACACCUGAUGUAUGUAAUGAGAAAGAAAGCCUGGCUAUUUUUUUUGGUUUUCUGGACAGUUAGUUUAAAGGAGUAAGGUGGUUCCAAGAGCUUUAUGUAACUAUUGUUGCCAUA